AUGGGGUUCUUCUCGUUUGCAAGCCGGGGCGCGGCAAAGAAGAUCUUGUUGAAUCCUCCUAAGAGUUUCCACGACUGGAAACCCAAGUUCUUCUUCAUCAGGGAAGAAGUCUUGCCGAUUGCCAUGCCCUUUAGGGACUGGACUGAGGCCAUACUCAAGGAAGAUCUUCCCAUCCCAAAAACUGCUCGGUGGUACCAGCAGCUAACUCCAACCCCAAAUCGGGUUUUUGGGGAAAAUGUGUUGGUUGCUGCUAAGAUGAGUGACCAGUGGUUACCUAGCAGCAGAGAGGUUCCGGUUUUGAAGAUCGGCGAUCAAGAAGCGCAACUCUAUCAAGCUGCCUUCUCGACAUUUGGUGGCUCCAUGGGCGUUCGCCCAUUGCGCGAUGACGAGGAAAGCUGGUAUGACCAGAUUAAAGGAAACUUCAUGUUUCCUGCUGCUGAUGCUUUCGCUUCACCGCCGACCGCUACUGAAGCUAAGGGGAAGACCGGUGCUGGUGGGUCGAAGAGUUCUGGGAGCGCGGGUUCUCGUAACCCUGAAGCUGGCGCGACUCCAUCUUUUCCUGAAGAUGACGAAGCAGAAGAAGAAGAUGCCGGUGCUCGGCUUAUUGGGCGGAAGAGCGGUAGGAGCGAAGCCACGACUGGUGUGGCUUCCGCCCCUACAUCUGUUGUGAUUCCCGCGGUUGGGAAAACGAGCAAGCUGCGCUCGUUAUACAAAUUUUCUCCUGAAAUCAAGAAGAAGACCCCUGAGAAGGGUGUCACGUUUAGUGAGGCUGCGGCGAAGAGGCCCAAGAUUACCGUCAAGUCCACUAACACUGCUGCUCAGGAUGCCGCGAAGGCUGCUGAGGCGCAGCGAAAGGUGGAGGAGGAUCGGAAGAGAGAGGAGGAGAAGAAGAGAGUUGCGGAAGAGAAGAAAAAGAAAGAAGAAGAGAGGAAGAAGAUAGAGGAGGAGAGAAAGAAAAAAGAGGAGGAGGAGAGGAAGCAGAGGGCGGAGCAGGAGAGGUUGGCUGAAGUGGCGAGGAAGCAGGCCUUGGAGAAGGAGCUAACGGCGAAAAAGGCUAUGGAUCAGCCUCUUAAAUCUCCAGGUCCUGAGGUCACCAAAACAACCCACACCGGUCCUGUUAUUUCUUCCAAGGGUUCCAGCCGCUUCUCCUCAAGCGGCGCGAGCUCUGGUGGAGCUGGGGGUUAUAACCCCAAUGUGAUAGGUGCGAAGGACACCGUUGGGGAUAUUUACUACAAGACUUACAAUGAAGAAGAACGUGGUGACGCUCCUCAUCAAGCCCCCUGGAGUUUAAAACAGAAAGAUACCUUCAUUGAGUUCAGCCCUGCGCGCGAGUGGUUCUUGAACUCCUUUACACCUGCUGAAGUCAAUCGGCAAAGGGCGAAACCUCACGAAAUGUUGUAUCGUACUUAUAUCCUUGGCGAGGCCAACGCUCGUGCUGCCAACUAUCAAAUAGUUCGCGAAUGGCGAACGAUGGUUAGGGAGCGCGCCGACUGGGAGGCUUAUCGCGAGCGUAUGCUGAAACGUAUUGCUGAAUUUGAAAAAUCUAAAGCCGCGUUUGGUGAGGAGAGGGCCAAGUUUGAGGCUGACAAGAAGGCUGAAGAGUGGGGCCGCGAGGGGCUGUAG